UACGUCGCGGAAGGAUCCUUUUUUCAAGCGAGGGUCGACAUAUCCGCCCAUUUUUCCGAUGUUUCAUUCCCCCCCGAGUUGAAAAUGGAGUUCGAUUAAAGCAGAUGUCCAUCAAGUUCUCAAGGAAAUUUCAAGUCUAUGUGUUUUUACUUUAACUGUCGGUGCUAAUACUGAAAACAGUUGGACCAUUUUGGGGGGCAUUGGAUGCCUUUACUGAAAAUUACUCGGACACGUUGACGGAGCAACGCUGCACAGCGCUUUUUCAAGUGUUGUCCUGGACCUGAAGUUGGCGAAUGGAUGCUCGACAGCCAGCCAUAAAUAACCUGCCAAACGAUACAACCUACAACGGUUUCUACAUUUUUUGAGGAUCUAUGCACAUUUUUGCAAGCUGGGGAUUUGUGUCAGUUGAAGAGGAUGGUCCAGAUGGCCCAUUUGUUGUGGUCGGAUUUUACUUCCAGGGAGGAUAAAAUGAAUCAACGAUUGUCAUUCCUCCUCGCGAUUUAACGUUAGAGCCCAGCCAGCAGAAGCUAACGUCCAGCUAGCUUCACUUGCUUUUCAUAGGGACGCUGAGUUAGGCAUGCCCCUUGUACGCCGUUUAUUUACUAACCGAAAUAGGGGUUAUUUCUGUAUGUGAAGGAAAAUGGUGAUAUAUGUGGUAUUUUAUCCCGCCGUCACUGCGUCGUCGAUGCUAUUGCUAGGAUUUGGAUCCCCGUGAGGAAAAAAAUGAGUGAAGAUUCAACAAAUCCAAACAACGAUGACAGUUAUGCGCGUGUGAGAGCAGUGGUCAUGACUCGGGAUGACUCCAGUGGUGGGUGGCUUCCCCUGGGGGGUGGAGGACUUAGCUGUGUCACCGUCUAUAAGGUCACCCGGGCGGAGGACACCAACAGCACCCACAGUGGAGGCAGUGGAGGAAGCAGCAGCAACCUCAGCCCCUGUAGCCCUAGUCCUAGUCCCAGUCCAAGCCCUAGUCCCACCGCUGUGGAGUUCCACAUCAAAGGCGAAAGGCUCAAAGACAAAUUGGUGGUACUGGAGUGUGUGCUGCAGAAAGACCUAGUAUACAACAAGGUCAACCCCAUCUUCCACCACUGGAGGAUCAACGACAAGAAGUUUGGACUGACCUUUCUGAGCCCUGCUGAUGCUCGUGCUUUUGACCGGGGAAUACGGAGGGCCAUUGAGGACAUUAACCAAGGUUGUCGACCGUUUGGGGAGGGCGAUAAUCAAGAGGAUGGACUACCGGUGUGUGAUGAGCCUCCUUCCAUCUGUACCCCGAUGAAAGAGCCCUUCUCUCCUCUGAACAAUGUCGUCUCCACCGAGCCAUUCAGGGGCUGCUACGUUCGCGCCCAGCCCUUUGACGAGUUCCCCUCCAGCAACAGGCGCUACCUGCCUCCACAGUCGACUCGCCGUGUCAGUUUUCGCAUGGAUGAAGAAGAGAUCGUCCGCAUCAACCCACGCAAAGACGUGCUCAUCCGUGGCUACGAGGACUACCGUCACCCUGUCAUGUGGAAACCUGAACCUGACCGUGAGGACCUGGACUUCCCCACUGCAUUUCACAAACUGGACAGUAAGAAGUGCGAGUACCUCUUCCCCGAUGGCCCCGGUGGAGACUCCCACUCAGGCCCCGGAAUGGGUAUAGGAACAGGUAUAGGGCUUGGGCUGGGCAAGGACACGGCCAUCAAGACUCAGCCGUCGCCCCUCAUGAAGUCCAAAAAGAGCAGACGGCGGCGAGAGGACGGUGAGCGUUCACGGUGCAUCUACUGUCGGGAGAUGUUCAACCAUGAAGACAACUGGCGGGGGCAGUGCCAGGAUGCCCCCGACCCAAUAAAACAGUGCAUUUACAAAGUCAGCUGUAUGCUAUGCGCCGAGAGCAUGCUGUAUCACUGCAUGUCUGACUCAGAGGGUGACUUCUCAGACCCCUGUUCAUGUGACACUUCUGACGAGCAGUUCUGUCUGCGCUGGCUGGCCCUGGUGGCGCUCUCGUUUAUCGCACCCUGCAUGUGCUGCUACCUGCCUCUGCGCGCGUGCCACCACUGUGGCGAGGCCUGCCGCUGCUGUGGGGGCAAGCACAAGGCCGCGGGGUGACCCGACACCGGACACUGGGACGCCAUCAAAGCUAGCAAACAAAGGAAGUGGAUAAAAGCGGAAAAUUAUAAGCUGGCAUCCUUUUUUCAUUCCCCUCUCAGACGGGGUGAUAUGUUGUUGAUCCCCACUUUGAGGGCUUUUGGAGAUUUCAGUUUGUGUUUGUCGCCGACAAGCAGCAGCGGAAGACAAAACCAUAUGCUUUGUGGGGGGUAGGGGGGCUCUGAGCAUCAAGCUAAGCUCAGGAGCUUAAGCUGAGGAGAAGAAGAGGAGGAGGAGAAGUCACGAUUAAUAGACUUGGAGAUGUUACUACACACAUCUGCACAUACAAACACACACACCUCUCUCACAUUCACACUGAUAAGCCAGGCCACAAAUAUCAGACUUCUAGUACAAGUUAUGUGUAACUUCAUGAAGGAAAAUUGUCUUUUGUACAGAGAGCGACGAUUUCACGACAAAAAAAAGAAAAAGAAAUCAAAACUAUUCUGCGCUGAGGAAAAAACGUACUUGCUGUUUGGGUAUGCUAAAAGGGAUAUGUUUUUGCUUGUUUGUGAAUUUGCAGUUAGGUAACAGUGGCCUUUCCUUCAUGGCUUAAGCAUUCGCUGACAAUGUAAUUAUUAGACGGAGAAAAGUGCACUAUAAAAUGAUAUUCCCCCCGAGUAAAGGUAAUCCUCUGAAAUUCUUGUGGUAUAUUAACCACCGUGUUCUAUUGUAAUUUUAAUGCUUGAGAGUAGUUGCUGUGGUGGAUGUCUGGCCAUUUGAUUUCCUUCUUUCCUUUCCAUCACUUUUUUUUAAGCAGAGUAACAGAUUGAUUUUGAAGGUCCACCUUGGCACAGCUUGCACAGUUCAUUUAAAAGACGUUAAAAUGACUAACUUGCCUUCCUGAGGUGAUUUAGAUCGUUUGAUUGCAUUCCAAAAUAAAGGGAUCGAUUCUACGAUUAGAAGGGAAAAAUAUGGUAACAACUUCACUACAUUAAACACCCCCUCCCCCCCAUAUAUUUUUAUUUCCUCAUAAGAAAAUUGCAUUUUAGAACCUCUUGAACCAUAUAAAUAGAAACCAACACACAACAGUUUCAUUUACUUCAGUGAAUCUCAGUUAUAGUCCAGUUAUUUACUGCUGUAGUGAAAUUGGUGUUUUUUUUUUUUGUUUGUUGUUAUUUUUUUUCUUAUUAUUUUCCUGCUCAUUUUUUACAAUUAGUUCUUAAUCAAGUGUUAAAAUGUUGCUCAACCAGCAAGUUUUGUUUUGGUGAGGUAAGGGGUUACGGUGCUCCUUGGUUAAAAUGACAUGGCACUUAAAUUAGACUAUUCUUUGACUGAUAAAACUCCAGAUUUUGGAAUUAGUCUGUUUCAAAAAUUAAGUUAACAUCCUUUUUUUUUUUCUUUAGUGGGUUAAAAAUAAAAAAGACAAAAAACCAAAAUAACAACCCUCUUUUUAAAGCACUGCUCUCCAAGCUUUGGUUGCAGCACCCUCUUCAAAUUCCCUUGUUUGACCUCUGAAUCUUUCUGUUUUUCCCCUUCAAAUGUUGUGCAAAUGUGGUAUUACAUUGUUCCUUGAAAGUUAGUCCACUCCUUCCACGAAUGAAUGAACGAACGAACGAUUGAAGGAAUGAAUGCAUUGUUUUGGGAAUGCUGAGCAUCUCAGCUAUUAAACCCUGAGAUGUUCUGUAUGUGUGUGUGUGUGUGUGUGUGCAUAGGUCUGCAUACGCAGAGGUGGUUUUAUGUUACAUAACGUCACCGGUGACUACGUGAUUCAGGCUUUGACUCAUAACAGUACUGACCACCAUCCUGCUUUUGGAAGCCCUGGCUUCAGAGUAAACAAAGAAAUGAAAUGCACUCAUCGGCUUUCUUGCCAAGUUAGAUUGAGAAGAGUGACGCUCGUUCUGUUAAUAUGAAGACUGAAAGCAGGUGGAAGCAGCUAACCGAUAUCUCCAAAUUGCAUUAAUCCCUUUUUCCCUUUAAAUAAAAAAAAAGUAAUCAAAAAGCGCAUUUAAAAAAAAAAAAGAAAAAGGAAUUACAGAAAUAUGGAUGCACGGAUGUUUAAAAAUAAAUUGGCCAACGCCAGCAUGAUAUUUUUCCACAUUUUAAUGUGUUUUUAUUAUUAUUUAUUCCCGUCUUUGUCCAGGGAAACAAAGAAAUCUUCACCCUAAAUAAGACUGUUAAAAAGCUUCUUCAUCACAUUGUUUUUUUUUGUUUUGUUUUUUUUAAUACACACACAAGGGGAAAAAAAGCAGCGGCGUGGAGACCAGAGAUUAUGGAAUGUCAGUGAAAUUCGGAGUCUUGUAGUGAUGACAGAUGGAAUAACAGUUAGCGGUGCGAAAUGGCUAGAGGCAACAAUUUGAAACAACUACCAAUGGGAUGGCAAAGGAUACUGCUGACUGACAAAAGAUAGGGCAGGAAAUAAGGUUUCCUAUGCAACCAGUGUCUGAAAAGUCUGCUAGCAGCUGUCAGCUGCAAAGCGAGAGGUGGCAAGCGAAAAUCACUUUAUAUGUGGACAGGGCUAUAGCCAAAAUUAGUGACCAGAAAUAUUGUCCACUUGGAUUUCCUGGUAGGCCAAUAUCGGUUGACGAGGGCAGCAUGUCGACAUCUGUAGUCCACUGCACAAACAUGCUAUGACCUGUAAAUUGGUAACCUCAGGAGAUGGAUUAUGUUUGCCUCAGUUUCCAGUCUUAACUACAUGAAUGAAGCUUCAUAUUUAGUAAACAGAUGUGAAUGAUGAUAAUCUUCUGGUCUAACUCUUGGCAAGAAAGAUACUAUCCUGCACUCCUCACCCAAAUGUCCAAAUUUAAAACCCUUUGGGAAACAGUAUCUACGUGGACUGUUUGGUAGUCUUACCCAACAGAAUAUUCAAAAUUGAAGUUAACACUUCAAGUAGAGUAAAAGUUGCUACAAGAACAGCUUAGUUUGGACAUCUGGCUGCAAUAACCCAAAUGCUCCCUAACUGCAAAGUGUAAUCCACCUCAGUUUUUUUAAUAGCAAAUUUGGUACAACAUCCAAAUGCUGUUAUUAUCAGAUAUGCAUGUUUUCCCACCUCCUGUCACUCCGAGUUUAAAAAAGGAAAAAAAAAAAAAAAGAGAGAGAGAGAGAAACCACACCUCACUUUGGAGUACAAGAGAACAAUUUAUCUUCCAGAUUCCUCCCUAACCAAUGCUCCCUUUACUUUCUAUGCAAACCUUCGAAUGUGGGGAAACGCAUUGAACUCUUGGCGAACUGAGUCAGUGACUAGAUGGGACAUUUUAAAUGCUAUAUAUAGGUAGAUGACAAACCCCUGGUACCAAACUCCAAACACCUGUAAAUAUGUAACACUAUAUUUAAGUACUGAUAAUAAUCCCAGUUUUUUUUUUUUUUUUUUGUCUUUGAAAUCUUAAAGAUAGAGUUGUAUUUAUCGUUGCUGUCAGCAUAUACCGUAGCUUGAAAUGACAGCAUUUGUACAUAGGUCACCUUUUAGUAUUAUUUCACAUUGAAAAGUAGAGGGCGUUUGUGAUGGAAAUGACUAUUGAGCUUCUAAUAGAGUUUCUCUCUAGUUUUGUACGGUAGAAGGAAGGAUAGUGCUAACACGGUACAGUAGUGGCAGUCCACUUGUUUUUAAAGUUUGAUAUAUAAAAAUAUAUAUAUAUAUAAAUAUACAUACGUAUAAAGCUGCUAGAUACAAUCACUAAUUUUAUUGUGUUGACAGAGAAAAUCAGCUAUGAACGACUGUUAAACCUUAAUUCUCCAACAGCAUAUAACGACAACGGUCAGUUUUGAAAUGUUUGAUUGCUCUGUGUGAUGAAGUGGACACUUGUGCAUGUGUGUGGGUGCAAGAGUGUUACUAUUUGUGCCCACGGGUGUGUGUUUGUAUGUGUGUGCGUGCUAGAUUCCAGGUAGGUUGGCGGUGUGCGUGUGUGUGUGUAACCAAAUGUUUGGUUGGUUGUCUUUUUCUCCCAUUGUAAUCUGAUUACCCUGCAUUAUUGCAAGCUGAACCAAGGUUUGAUGAACCUGAUUAAAACUUGCUGGCUGAGAAGCAAAAUGUAGGACGUGCAUUUAUACAAAGUGUAGAGAAUGCUGAAAUAACACUUCUCAUUCUGCAUUAACCAGCACAGUGCAACUUCCUGUCAUGUACUGUAUUAUAUAUGCAACAUGUGUCUGUCUGCUUUAAUAUAUAUAUAUUUUUUUGACCUGCAUUAUAUAAAGACUUCAGUUUUAACCACUUUGCUGCUAGUCUUUUAUCCUCUUUCAAUCUUGGAAACUGUGCAUAUCUUUGGGAAUGCAUACAAGUGUACAUUCUUGACAUUGUGUAGAUUAAGAAAGAUGAAAAAAAAAGCUAUAUAAACCUGUUUCUCUUCAGUGUAUUGUUUUAAAAACGGUUACUUUUUACAGCAGUUGAGUGGUUAUGUUUCAAUUCUCCGAUGCUUUGGUGCACUGAUGAUACUAUAUGUAAGCUUUUUUUCAUCUUACAGCGCUCGAUGUAACAUUUACGUGAUUAGUUCUAAAUAGUGGAAGACAUUUGUGUUUUGAAACUUGCAGUAUAAAUGGUACUAUUCUUAACUAUUCUGUAAAACACUGCCUGUUUUCUUACUUUUCGUUCUUUCACUUUCUCUAUUUGUGCACAUUUCUUUUUCCUGUGCAUCCUUUUUUUUUUUUUUUCUUUUCUUUUAGUGCCAUCUGCUUUCACAUCCUGACAACCUCAAAAAAGUGCCUCACGUCCAUCCUAGUUUCCAUCUUAACGUCUCUUGUUCUGGUUUUAUUGGUUUCUACACGUCUAGGUAUUAUCAUGGUUCGAGAAUACCAAGUAUCUGUUGUAAAAUUUAUAGUACCAAUAACUCAUGUCAUAGUUGUAUUUUCUUUAUACAGAUGUAGCUCGUUACUUUUCAUAAAUAUAAUGUAAAUAUGCAUACAUAUGUUUGUAACUGUUUUUAUGUUACAUCAUACACUUGUAAUUUGACAUAUCAAAUAACAUUAUCAUAAUAAA